CCUGCGGGGCCUGCGGGGGGGCUGGCCGGGCCCGGCCAGGCCGCGAUGGCGACCAGGAAGGCGGGCUCGCGGCUGGAGACGGAGAUCGAGCGCUGCCGCUCCGAGUGCCAGUGGGAGCGGAUCCCCGAGCUCGUCAAGCAGCUGUCGGCCAAGCUCAUCGCCAACGAUGACAUGGCAGAGCUCCUCCUUGGGGAAUCAAAGCUGGAGCAGUACCUGAAGGAACACCCUCUGCGGCAGGGGGCCAGUCCCCGAGGCCCCAGGCCCCAGAUGACUGAGGUCCGCAAGCAUCUGACCGCUGCCCUGGACCGAGGGAACCUCAAGUCAGAAUUCCUACAAGAGUCCAAUCUGAUCAUGGCCAAGUUGGAUUAUGUUGAAGGAGACUAUGAAGCCGCUCUCAGCAUUUAUGCCCGGGUGGGCCUGGAAGACUGGCCGCUGACGGGCGUCCCCCCUUACAGGUUGCGGAUGGCCGCGGACGCCUACGCCACCAAAGGACUUUGUUUAGAGAAGUUGCCUAUUUCUUCUUCUACCAGUAAUCUCCUUGUGGAUCGGGAACAGGAUGUCAUCACCUGUUAUGAGAAGGCAGGGGACAUUGCACUCCUGUACCUCCAAGAGAUAGAAAGGGUAAUACUUUCUAAUAUUCAGAACAGAAGUCCUAAGCCUGGCUCCGCUCCCCACGAUCAAGAACUAGGUUUUUUCCUAGAAACAGGACUACAGAGAGCCCAUGUCCUCUAUUUCAAAAAUGGGAACUUGACGAGAGGAGUCGGGAGAUUUAGAGAGAUCCUCAGAGCCGUGGAAACGAGAACAACCCAGAACCUGCGGAUGACAAUAGCCAGGCAGCUGGCGGAGAUCUUGUUGCGGGGUAUGUGUGAGCAGAGCUACUGGAACCCUCUGGAGGAUCCGCCAUGCCAGUCACCUCUGGACGAUCCUCUCCGGAAAGGAGCAAACACAAAAACCUACACCCUCACGCGGAAAGCCCGUGUCUACUCAGGAGAGAACAUUUUUUGUCCUCAAGAAAAUACUGAAGAAGCCCUGUUGUUAUUGCUGAUUAGUGAAUCAAUGGCCAACCGGGACGCUGUGCUGAGCAGGAUACCUGAGCACAAGAGCGACCGCCUCAUCAGUUUACAGAGUGCAUCUGUGGUCUAUGAUUUACUGACCAUCGCCCUUGGAAGAAGAGGCCAGUAUGAGAUGCUGUCAGAGUGCUUAGAAAGAGCCAUGAAGUUUGCCUUUGAGGAGUUCCACCUCUGGUACCAGUUUGCUCUGUCACUCAUGGCUGCUGGAAAAUCUGCUCGCGCAGUGAAGGUGCUGAAAGAGUGCAUCCGCCUGAAGCCAGACGACGCCACCAUCCCGCUUCUGGCCGCAAAGCUGUGCAUGGGCUCCCUUCACUGGUUGGAAGAGGCUGAGAAGUUUGCCAAAACCGUCGUUGAUGCGGGAGAGAAAACGUCAGAGUUCAAGGCCAAAGGCUACUUGGCCCUGGGGCUUACGUACAGUCUGCAGGCCACUGACGCUUCUUUGCGAGGGAUGCAGGAGGUCCUACAGAGAAAGGCGCUUCUUGCAUUUCAGAGGGCCCACAGCCUGUCACCUACAGAUCACCAAGCCGCUUUCUACCUGGCUCUGCAGCUUGCCAUCUCCAGACAGAUACCAGAGGCUCUGGGGUAUGUCCGCCAAGCUCUUCAACUUCAAGGCGAUGAUGCCAACUCCCUGCACCUCCUUGCCCUCCUGUUGUCAGCACAAAAGCAUUACCAUGAUGCUCUGAAUAUCAUUGACAUGGCCCUGAGUGAAUAUCCAGAAAAUUUUAUACUACUGUUUUCCAAAGUGAAGUUGGAGUCGCUGUGCCGGGGCCCAGAUGAGGCGCUGCUCACUUGUAAGCACAUGCUACAGAUUUGGAAAUCCUGCUACAAUCUUACCAAUCCCAGUGAUUCUGGACGUGGGAGCAGCCUCUUAGAUAGAACCAUUGCUGACAGACGACAGCUUAAUACAAUUACUUUGCCAGACUUCAGCGAUCCCGAGACAGGCAACUCUCCAGAAGUACACUUUCAUGGUUUUCCCUCCCUUAUUUCAGUUAGCUCUGUUCACGCCACGUCGAUAGCAGCCUCCAGAGUGGAGCAGGCACUGUCGGAAGUGGCGUCGUCUCUGCAGAGCAGCGCCCCCAAGCAGGGCCCGCUACACCCCUGGAUGACGCUGGCGCAGAUCUGGCUCCACGCAGCUGAAGUCUACAUCGGCAUUGGGAAGCCGGCAGAAGCCACAGCCUGUACCCAAGAAGCUGCCAACCUCUUCCCGAUGUCCCACAACGUCCUGUACAUGCGAGGCCAGGUUGCCGAGCUCCGAGGGAACAUCGAGGAGGCCCGGCGGUGGUACGAAGAGGCCUUAUCCAUAAGCCCCACCCAUGUGAAGAGCAUGCAGCGGCUGGCCCUGAUCCUCCAUCAGCUGGGCCGCUACAGUCUGGCCGAGAAGAUCCUCCGGGAUGCGGUGCAGGUGAACUCCACGGCCCAUGAGGUCUGGAACGGACUGGGCGAGGUCCUGCAAGCUCAGGGCAACGACGCGGCGGCCACUGAGUGCUUCCUGACGGCCUUGGAGCUGGAGGCUAGCAGCCCCGCGGUGCCCUUCACCAUCAUCCCCCGCGUGCUCUGAGCAGCGCCCCAGCCUCACCGCCGCCCAGGCCAAGGGGGCCCCGCCUGGGCGCUGAGGGUCGAGUGUGCGCACGAAGGCCCUGGAUGAAUGUGCUAUUGACCACAGUGGACUAACCAAACCAACCCCCGAUCAUUGCUCUCUACGUGCAUUUCUGUUGUCGUUUUCGCCAGCCCAAUGAUAGUUUCUGAAUCUACUGACCUUGUUCAAAAUGGAUCAUGUGCCAUAUUUUGUUAGCUGACAUCUAAGUUUUAAGUAAAAUGAUCAUGGAAUUAAUCUGCAAAUGUAGAAGAAUAUAUUCAAAGUUAAAAUUCAGUGGCAGAACAGAUUAUUUUUAUCAGAGCUAUAAAGAAAACUGUUCUCUCCCCACCAUCACCACUCCUGCCCUACCCUUGGCCCAGAAACCAAAUGUGAAUUUUCUGUUUUCCGCCUCAGUACUCGUCCAAGCCAGGACACCAGACGACAAUUUCUUGGUUUUGUUGUCAGUAAUUGUACCAUGUGAUAAAUUACUGCCCUCACUUAGAACAAAGCCUGAGUCCAAGAAUAUUUAUAUUUUACCAAUAUAGGCCUGUUACAAGAGAAGGAAAUAUGAGUUAUUUAAGUUUAACUUUUUUAUGUGAAUUCAGAGUUUAUUUAUCGAUGGAAAUAUGUACAAAGAAGCUUCAAAUGGAAUAUUUACCGACAUUCCUUAUACAUGACAGACACUUGGCUAAAUGGAAAGAUGAAGUUAAUAAUAAAAUGAUUUUU